AUUUGACAACACUUGUUUUUGUUUGCAAUAGCGUGGCAACACUGCGCGUAACCUCGCUGCAUUUUACUCACGUUUGUUCGCAACUGGACUCAAAAACACCAUGAGCAGUAAAAACAUCAAUUAAAACAUAUUGCAGUUUCGUUAUUGUGCAUAACAACAUUUUGGAACGCAUUCAUACUAAACAGAAAAAAAUUGCAAUUUAACCAAACAUGGGCAACACAGCGAUAACCAAAGUGCAGAUGGAGGCUUCCAAGCGCACCGCCGGCGCUUCCCCGCCUCCCGAAUGUCCCAUGCAUCAGAAGCAUGGCGACAACAUCUCUGCCUCGGCGGUGCCACCACAUCCCAAGAUGCACGCCUCUGGCGGCGGUGCAUCCGAGUGUCCCGUCAAACAUGACAAUAGCGAUGUGAAUCCAUUGAACAUGAUGCCGCCUGCAAAUCAGCAACCGGCACCCGAUCAACCCUUCCCACUGCCCACAGAUCGCCAAACAUCGACCAUACCCAAAGUGACCGAGGACGGCACCGUGCAGUUCUGGCAGUAUCCCAGUCAGCAAAUGUUUUGGAACGCCAUGUUGCGCAAGGGCUGGCGCUGGAAGAAUGAAGAUGUGUCACAGAAGGACAUGGGAGACAUCAUACGCAUUCACAAUGCCAACAACGAGCAGGCCUGGCAAGAGGUACUUAAGUGGGAGGCGCUGCACGCCAAGGAAUGCGGCAAUCCGCGUCUCAAGAGUUUCGGCGGCAAGGCCAAAGACUUCAGUCCGCGUGCGCGCUUCCGCAGCUGGUUGGGUUAUGAGCUGCCUUUCGAUCGCCACGAUUGGAUUGUCGAUCGCUGCGGCAAAGAUGUGCGCUAUGUUAUCGAUUACUACGAUGGCGGUCUCGUGGAUAAAGACUAUCGCUUUGCCUUGCUGGACGUGCGUCCUGCUAUGGACUCGGUGGACAAUGUUUGGGAUCGUAUGCGUGUUGCGUACAUGCGUUGGCGCUAUGAACUGUUGGGGAAGUUCAAUAAUAGUGCCGAGGACAACAAAGUGUCGUCGGCUGGUAGUGAAUAAGAAAUUAUUUAAAAUAUUGUUACACACAAACUCUGGUCUAAAUUAAUCGAAUGCAAAAUGAACGUUAUACACAGUUUAGGCUGCACUGCUGUCUAAUGCAUAAAGCUUUGGUGCCGUCUGUUAAAAAAUA